AUGAAGAGUGACCGGUCUAAAGAUCAACCUCCAUACUUCAGUGCUGAACCUGGACCUUCAGACACAAAAGGUUCCUACCACAGAGCAGAAUCUGCAGUGUCCAGCUGUCCGUCCAUGAAGAGUGACCGGUCUAAAGAUCAACCUCCAUACUUCAGUGCUGAACCUGGACCUUCAGACACAAAGAGUAGAGGUGAUGUGAAGGAGCAGCUGUCCUGCUGUGCUUUGUGUCAGGAGCUCCUGAGGGAUCCAGUCUCCACCAGCUAUCUUGCCUGUCCCCAGUGUGGAGAAAGAUCCAGAACAAGACCUGGACUGCAGACACCCAGUCAAACCCACCCAGUGGACGGCGGUCUGCAGGAGGUUUUAGACGAGCAUAAGAUCAGUCUGAGGAGGAGAUGUGAAUUUGUGACAGAAGGAACUGCUGCAGAAGGAAGUGGAACCCCCCUCAACAGGAUCUACACUGAGCUCUACAUCACACAGGGAUGGAGUGAAGGGGUUAAUACCCAACAUGAGGUGUGGCAGCUGGAGACAACAUCCAAGAUGGAGACCCUCAGUGACACUCCAAUCAAGUGCCAGGACAUCUUUAAACCCUUACCUGGCCAAGACACACACAUCAGAGUAGUUGUGACGCAGGGCGUUGCUGGCAUUGGAAAAACCUUCUCAGUGCAGAAGUUCACUCUGGACUGGGCAGAGGGCUUGGAAAACCAACAUGUCAGUCUUGUGGUUCUGCUUUCGUUCCGGGAGCUGAACUUGAUCAGAGAUGAGCGCUACAGUCUUCUCCAGCUGCUCCGUGUUUUCCAUCCAACAUUACAGACGGUCACAGCAGAGAAGCUCGCCGUCUGUAAAGUCGUGUUCAUCUUUGACGGCCUGGAUGAAAGCAGGUUUUUAUUGGAUUUCCAGAACAAUGAGGUCGUGUCUGAUGUCACACAGACAUCAUCAGUAGAUGUGCUGUUGACAAACCUCAUCAAGGGGAAUCUGCUUCCCUCGGCUCUCCUCUGGAUAACUUCCAGACCUGCGGCAGCCAAUCAGAUCCCUCCUACAUGUGUCGACAGGGUAACAGAAGUGCGAGGGUUCACUGACCCCCAGAAGGAGGAGUACUUCAGGAGGAGAUCCAGUGAUGAGAAGUUGUGCAGCAGAAUCAUCUCACACAUCAGGGCGUCCAGGAGCCUCCACAUCAUGUGCCACAUCCCAGUCUUCUGCUGGAUCACUGCUACAGUUCUGGAGCACAUGUUGACUACAGAGCAGAGAGGAGAGCUGCCCAAGAGCCUGACUGAGAUGUACUCACACUUCCUGCUGGUUCAGACACAGAGGAAGAAGCACAAGUACGAUGAGAGACAUGACAGGAGUCAGCAGGAGCUGAUGGAGACUGACAGGGAAGUUCUUCUGAAGCUGGGCAGGCUGGCGUUUGAACAUCUGGAGAAAGGCAACCUGAUGUUCUACCAAGAAGACCUGGAGGAGUGUGGUCUUGAUGUCAGAGAGGCCUCGGUGUACUCAGGAGUGUGCACAGAGAUCUUCAAAACCGAGUGUGUGCUCUUCCAGAGAAAAGUCUACUGCUUUGUUCAUCUGAGCAUUCAGGAGUUUCUCGCUGCAGUCUACAUCUUCCACUGCUACACCAACAGGAACACAAAAGUACUGGGCAGAGUCAUGAGGGGACAGUGUGAUGACAAACAGCCAUCGUUGGAUAUCUUCCUGGAGACAUUCAUGUCUGAAGCUCUGCAGAGCGAAAAUGGUCACCUGGACCUCUUUGUCCGUUUCCUUCAUGGCCUCUCACUGAAGUCCAACCAGAGGCUCUUAGGAGGCCUGCUGGGUCGGACAAAGAGCAGGCAAAAAGACAUCCAGAGAGCCAUAAAAAAUCUGAAGGAGAUGAACACCUUCAGUGUCUCACCUGACAGAAGCAUCAACAUCUUCCACUGUCUGAUGGAGAUGAACGACCUCUCAGUACAUCAGGAUAUCCAAGAGUUCCUCAAGUCAGAGAACAGAUCAGCGAAGAAACUCCCUGUGAUCCACUGCUUAGCUCUGGCCUACAUGCUGCAGAUGUCAGAGGAGGUUCUGGAUGAGUUGGACCUGAAGGCGUACAACACAUCAGAGGAGGGACGACGGAGACUGAUCCCAGCUGUGAGGAACUGCAGGAAGGCUCGACUUUCUGGCUGUCGACUCUCAGAGACUCACUGUGAAAUUGUGGCCUCGGCUCUGAAGUCCAACCCCCAUCUGACAGAGCUGGACCUGAGUAAGAACCAGCUGCAGGAUUCAGGAGUGGAGCUGCUGUCUGCUGGACUGGAGAGUCCAAACUGCAGACUGGAGACUCUCAGACUGAGAGACUGCAGCUUGACAGAGAGCAGCUGUGCUUCUCUGGCCUCGGCUCUGAAGUCCAACCCCCAUCUGACAGAGCUGGACCUGAGUGAGAACCAGCUGCUGGAUUCAGGAGUGGAGCUGCUGUCUGUUGGACUGGAGAGUCCAAACUGCAGACUGGAGACUCUCAGAUUGAGGCGCUGCAGGUUGACAGAGAGCUGCUGUGUUUCUCUGGCCUCGGCUCUGAAGUCCAACCCCCAUCUGACAGAGCUGGACCUGAGUGAGAACCAGCUGCAGGAUUCAGGAGUGGAGCUGCUGUCUGCUGGACUGGAGAGUCCAAACUGCAGACUGAAGACUCUCAGACUGAGGAGCUGCAGCUUGACAGAGAGCAGCUGUGUUUCUCUGGCCUCAGCUGUGAAGUCCAACCCCCAUCUGACAGAGCUGGACCUGAGUGAGAACGACCUGCAGGAUUCAGGAGUGAAGCUGCUGUCUGCUCUGGUGGAGAGUCCACACUGCAGCCUGAAGACUUGGAUUCCAGCUGGCAGCCUGAGAGGAUCCUGUAAUCUCACACUGGAUCCAAACACAGCGCACAGAGACCUCCGUCUGUCUGAGGGCAACAGGAAGGUGACGAAGGAGAGCGAGCUGCAGUGGUGUCCUGAUCACACAGACAGAUUUGACCAGUGGCCUCAGGUUCUGUGUAGAAAAGGUCUGACUGGGCGAUGUUACUGGGAGGUCCAGUGGAGUGGAGUGGUUUAUAUAGCAGUGACUUACAGAGGAAUCACAAGAAGUGGUGCUGACUCUGGGCUUGGAAACAAUAAACAGUCCUGGAGACUGAGGUGCUCUGAUGUUUACGGCUACUCUACCUGUCACAACAAGAAGUCCACCGACAUCUCUGUCCAUCCCCGUGGAUCUGACAGAGUAGCAGUGUAUCUGGACUGGUCUGCUGGGACUCUGUCCUUCUACAGAGUCUCUUCUGACAGACUGAGACUCCUGCACACCUUCAGAUCCACCUUCACUGAGCCGCUCCACCCUGGGUUUUAUUUGGAGUCAUCUGGUUCUUCUAUUGUGGUUUAGCUGCCAGUUUCUCAGAAACAAACCCUGACCUGAAAGUGUUUAGAACAUGUUUGGCUGAUUUGUGGUUUAUGUUUUUUUUUUUGUUUUUUUUUUUAAAUCGUAUCAGGCAUCUUGGUGGAUAAUUGUUAACUGACUGAUUGGACAGGUUUGUAAACAUAAUGAG